CUCUCUGCAAGCGUCGACGAAAUGAUAACGGCGAUGGUGUCUCCCCCGGGGAGCCGAGUUGCAACCACACAAUGCUACGAUACAGUUGCUGCAUUUCAAAUCGCUCUUACGAGGCGAAACAACCUCCGUUCUAUAGGGCACAGCGCCGUGUUUCCUCUGGUCGCAUCACCCUUUGCAGUGGUGGUGGUGGUGAUGGUGCCACCGCCGUCUCCUCCUCCUCCCGCCUCCGUGAUCUCGUUUUCGUCGUGAACCCUCAAGGAGCUAAUGGUAGAACAGCUAAGGAAUGGAAGAAGCUGCUUCCUUACCUUCGAUCUCGUCUUGGUGAAGACUGUAAUAUAUGUGAGUCCUUAACAUCUGGUCCUUCUCAUGCCAUUGACAUUACAAGAGAGGCUAUUAGGGAUGGCGCAGAUGCUGUCAUUGCUGUAGGAGGUGAUGGAACACUGCACGAGGUUGUUAAUGGUUUCUUUUGGGAGGGGAAGCCUGUUGGUACCAGCCACUCGGCUGCACUUGGUCUGAUUCCGUUAGGUACUGGUUCAGAUUUUGCUAGAACAUUUGGUUGGAAGAAUGAUCCUUGUGAAGCCGUGGAGCGCAUUGCUAAAGGGAUACGGUCACGGGUUGAUGUUGGUGUUAUCGACCAGGAAGGAAGGGAUUCGCAUUACUUCAUUAACGUUGCUGAUGUUCAUUUGAGUGCAAAGGCAGGCUUUUACGCUUCAAAGUACAAGAAAUUUGGAAACUUGUGCUACGUAAUCGGUGCCCUCCAAGCUUUUAUGGGACAUGACAACCGAGAUAUGAGGAUCAAGGUCAAUGGAGGUGAAUGGGAAGUAUAUCCACAAGUCACGGCUCUCUGCGUUGGAAACGCUAAAUACUUUGGUGGAGGAAUGAAAAUCACUCCCAACGCGGACCCUGGAAAUGGAAAUCUUGAGGUUGUGGUACUUCAAGACUUCAAAUGGUACGACUUCAUACUGAAACUUCAUAAGCUAUACAAUGGGACGCAUCUCUCAGUUAACAAUGUGAGCUCAAGAAGUGUACAAAGUAUAGAAGUUGAGGAGAUAUCAGAGAGUGGAAGCAUCUAUGUUCAGUCAGAUGGAGAACAUCUUGGAUUCCUACCUAGAAAGUUUCAGGUUUUACCCGGUGCCAUUGACAUGAUCAGCUAGCUAGCUAGUAGGAGAAGACUCAAAUCAUACAUUCAACUUCUUUUGGUUUAGUCUGUAGAGAUUCUUCUUAUUUAAAAGUUUGAUUCAUCGUUAAACGAAUCAUAGUUCCUUAUGCUGUGUAGUCAGUGGUCACUAUUAACCACAAAUAUCUUCUCUUUCCUUUCACUUGAAGCAACUACUGUGAGCAGUAGAUGAUAGUCUACAGGCAAUUUGUUCAGAUAUUUAUAUGGUAGAAUAGACAAAAUCCGUUGUAGUCUAGCUGGUCAGGAUACUCGGCUCU